AUGUUGUCUCGGAGAAGUCUGACUCUUGCCAGCCAGAUAUCUCAAGCAACGACUGAUGGUCAAGCUUCUAAUGACAGUGAAGACAGCUGCCCUACCCCUAGGCCUCAGCCAUUGCCCCCUACUGCCAGCCUAGCUACUCCUAUCCUUGAAGCAUCUGAAGGGGAGGAGGACACACCUACAAACAAACUGCACAAUAGUUCUGUCCAGAAUGAGUCCUGUAGUGGAAAAGAUGGAGAGAUAUCCUCUCACAAGGAGGUAAAGCGUCAGAGCAGAGGGAGUUUGAAAAACCAGGACAUGUCCUCCGACGAUGAAGAGGUUCAAUUUAAAUCCACAAAUACUGGAGAGACAUCAGAGGUAAUGGCAAUGUCUGAACAAACAGCAGAGGUGACUGCUGCUGCAGAUAAGACUUCAGAAGACACAGCUGUCACUGAAAAGUUGACAGAAGACAUAGCUGUCACUGAAAAGUUGACAGAAGACAUAGCUGUCACUGAAAAGUUGACAGAAGACAUAGCUGUCAUUGAAAAGUUGACGGAGGUCACUGAUGUCAUUGAAAAGGUGACAGAUGUCACUGAAAAGGUGACAGAGGUCACUGCUGUCACUGAAAAGUUGGCAGAGGUCACUGCUGUCACUGAAAAGUUGGCAGAGACAACCACAGUUGAGGACAAGACAUCAGAGGUCACAGCCUUAAUGGGAAAGUCAUCAAAGAGUUAUAUCAGCAACACAAUUAACAUUGGAGGAAAUGUGACAGGCUCCCUUACUAAGUCAGACGACCCAAGUAUGGAGACAACAGGACCAAUUCCCAGCUUCAGAACACGUAAAAAAUUAUCAUUCUCAGCCCUGGAGAAGAGCUUGAUGAUAAAAGAGAACAAGAAAAAGAAACGGAGCACUAGUGAGGUGUCCCCUGUGGUUAACAGUAACCCGUUUAUCAAUAGAUCUGGGACCAAGUCAACUAGCAGUUCUAUAAUGGAGGAUACAGGGGACAGUAGUCAGACCUCUGCUCCAGAGUCGCUGGACCAGAUGAGUGACUGGUAUGUUGAAGAAGAGUUCAGGAUUGUGAGUGACGAUUCUGUAUCAAAAAUCGCAGAAGCAAAACGGAAAUCCAAGGGAGGCGUGAAACUGACAAGAGGAGGGAAAUCUCAGUCACAGAGUGGGAAAUCAGUUGAAAGGCGUACAUCUAAAGCAAGGGAGGAAAAUGUCCCGGAUCGUGAGAGUUCAAUGUCAGUGAAAAUGCAAACAGCAAAAUCAGUAGGGAAACGGAAAUCACAAAUAGUUCCUCCCAACGUUGGGGAAGAAAGCAUUGAGACAAAUUCUCAAAAUACAAGCAGUACAAUGAGAAAGAAAAGCUUGAAACGAAAAUCUAAUAAUGAAGGUGAGAGUUUUAAGGCAGAAGUGAAAACAGCAAAAUCAGUAGGGAAACGGAAAUCACAAAUACAACAAGCAGUUUCUGCCAAAGAUGCUGAAGAGAAUGUUGACGAAAAUUCUCAAAAACAAGGUAAAACAUUGAAACAGAAAAUCCUGAAACGGAAAUCUAUUGCUUCUGUUCCAAGUAAAACUGCAGAUCAAAGCAAUGGAAAGGACAAACAUACAAAAGGAUGUGAAGAUUUGGGUGAAAAACAAACAAAGGCGAAAAAGCGAAAAUCACUAGCUGUCAAAAAUAGAACCAUGUAUGAGGGAAACAAAUCAGAAAAGGUGGAAUAUUCAUAUGAUUCGGACAACAGCAGUGUGAUUAUUGACGAAUAUGAAAAAGAAAUUGAGAAAGAAUUGAAAUCUAGGAAAUCAAGAGCACACAAGCCUGAUUAUGUGUCGGGGAAACCUUCCAAGUCUGUGGCUGAUGCUGUGUCGGGGAAACCUACCAAGUCUGUGGCAGAUGAUAAUGUAAAAUUAAACAAAAAUGUUGUGAAAAAGCGAAGAACAUUUGUGUUAGGUGAUGAUGACUCGGAAACAAAAGAACCUUUAGAACGCAUUCAAACAGACAUAAAAAAUACUAAGGCAAGUGUGAGCGAUACAGGAGGAUGGUCUAGUAGAUCCAAGGUCACAGACACAGGGGACAUAAGUACCAAAAAACGGGGACAGAAAAAUAAGUCUUUACUUGAGAAAAAGCAGGGAGAAACUUCUCAUGAUAUGGACAUUGAAAAUGAUGGAAAUAGCUCUGAAAAGGUUUUUGAUGAUGAUUUGAAUAAAAAGGAAGGAAGUGUCGUUAAAAAGCCACUUAAAAGGAUAGGAAGGAACAGUAGAAAAUCUUGUCCUCAAAUUAGAUCUAUUCCAACUACUCACCCGUCAAAUGACACAGAAGACAAUGGUGUUGGUAAAAAAAUGAGGAAGAAUGGAAGGAAAUCUUACCCUUCUAAAUCUGUCCCAGCUCGCCAGUCAAAAGGCAUGAAAGACCACAUUGAUGAGGGUAGCAUAAUGGAUACAGAUUGUGUUACAGCAGCUGAUGAGGAUUUACCUUGUGAAGACGUACCUGUUGAGGAAGAACCGUGUGAGGAUUUGCCAGACAAGGACUUAUCUAGUGACAACUUACCUGAUGACAAUAUACUUGAGGAACAGGAGCAAGACAUUCGUAAAAACCGUAGGCCCAGAAGAGCUGUUGCAGCCAAAAGGAAACCUGAUAAGAAAACAAAGGGUACUGGUUUAUUAAAACAAACUUUGUCAAAGAAUAAAACAAAGAAAGGAGUAACUGAGAAGAAAAAGGGGAUGCCAGAAAAACAAUCCAACGUGUUAAAAACAGGAAAAACGGAGCCAAAGCAAGUUUCCACAGCAAAGGGCAAACUUAGGAAUGAACAGGUGUCGGAGAAUAAACCCAAUAAUGGGUCAAAAUCUAAGUCCAAGAUUCUUUCUAAAGCAAAAGGGAGAAGAAAGCAGAAAAUCAGCAUAGGAUAUGUGGAGGGGGACUCAUUGACUUGUACUCCAAAAAUCUCGUCUAAUUCUUUAACACUAUCAAAGACUGCAGCAAGGACAUUACAGUUAGACGUGUCUGAGGAACAGGAGGUUGACAACCUCGACAUCAAUGAAAGUGUUUCAAAUGUGCAAUCUUCACAGAAAAACAAGAUGUCUUCAAGGAAAAAUAGUUUAUCAAAUCGAAAAUCAAAGAAACAAAAAGGUAAAAAAGGAGAAAAUGUUGCGAGUAGGGAAAAUGAUGAUGAGAAGGAAGUUUCUGCUGUCAUAGUUUCAGACCCAGUGCCUGCUGACAAUGAUAUUCCCAUGCUUUCUCAGUCUAAACAGUCCAAUCUCCGCAGGAGCCUACUAGCAAAUACCAUAUUGUCACCUCAAGGUUCUUUUACCCCCUUUUCUGCAACACCUGGAUCAGAAUUUACCCUGACUAGAAGGGAGGAAAUGUUUCGCAGCGGGGUGUCAUUUCGUCAGCUGAAGGUGGAGCGAUCAGGAAAAAAAUCUAUCUCACAGAAUAGAAGCAAAACAUCAGAUAUUGAAGACAAUGAUCAAGAUGUUGCUGUUGAUAAAGAUGAAGAUGACGAUGAUCAAAACCUGGAUGCUGAUGAGGAUGUACAGGAUGAGGUUGAUUAUGGAGAUGAAAAUGGAAAUGACUUUCCUCAAAAUGAGAUAGAUGAUGAUAUCAGGGAUGCACAAGAGUCUUCUCCUAAACAACAAAGCACCUCUAACAGGAAACAACUCGCGAGGAGGAAGUCUGGACUGUCGAAAGGGCUAUUAGGUGCCACACCAAAGUCUUCCUCUUCGCCAGCAAACCUCACUCCCUGCCUUGUUACACCGGGUAGAAAGAGUUUGAGUAAAGCGCGUAGGGUCACCAUCAGCAACCAAGUCACAGAGGCUGUGUAUAUCGUCCCAUCCGAUACCUCGUCACCAGACUCGCCAAUCUCCUCCAAGGCUAGUCGGCGCCCCAGUAUUCCUGGUGGUGAGCUUACAACGUACAUUUCCAUGUCAUCCACGCCUAUACAUGCCUGUGAGAGGACCACAACAGAAACACCAGAGCCGUUCCAGAAACCAGAGAAAUGCAAAAUCAUACUGCCGGACCCAUCUCCCCCUGAUGGUGUGAGAAGGUCACAGAGGACGAGGGUACAGACUUUGGAGUGGUACAAGAAUGAACGAGUUGAUUAUAAAUACAGGAAGUCAGGCGGAUUUGUUAUAGCGGGAAUCAUUCCCUCACAAGAAGCUAAGAUCUUGGAACAUGAGAAGAAAAAGAGAAAAAAUAUGCAGAAAGCCCAUAAAAUGAAAAAAAAGAAGAAGAAGGCCGCGUCACCACCCAGAAAUCUUUCUAUGCACACUCCAAUUCCAUCAGACAUGAACCUCACGGUGUCAGACGAGAUUCCUGUGAUGAACCCCGACACAGAGGAGGAAGUGUAUGUGGAGUGUUUUGCCAGUAAAGACAGUGGGGUGUUUGUGGGUCCCUCUGGUAAGCAGCCCUCACCUGAAGAUCCCUUCGUAAUGUCACGUAUCCUGGACCAGAAGGGGUUCGGCACUGGCAUGUUAUUGUUGCGCCCCCUGCAGGAGAAGACAAUUCAGAUGGUCAGCCGAGGCACUCUGAUUUUCCUGCUGGCGCAGGGUGUGAUAACGAUGACAGUGCACAAAGCGUCUGUCAUCAUGGAGGCUGGCGACUCAGCCUUUGUUCCCAGAGGAAACACAUACAGCAUGAAAAAUCUACGCUCAGAAGAGGCAAAACUUUCCUACACAGUUUUGAAGGAAACACUUGAUACUAGUAACAUGUGGACAUCUUGAAUUAUCUAUCAACCAUACAUAUACUGUACAUUGUGUAUACCAUCAUAGAAACCUCAAGUUAUCGGUCGUACAGAUGACAUACAUGGAGCUAUACCAUCAUAGAAACCUCAAGUUAUCAGCCAUACAGAUGAUAUACAUGGAGCUAUACCAUCAUAGAAACCUCAAGUAAUCGGCCAUACAGAUGACAUACAUGGAGCUAUACCAUCAUAGAAACCUCAGGUUAUCGGCCGUACAGAUGACAUACACGGAGCUAUACCAUCAUAGAGACCUCAAGUUAUCGGUCGUACAGAUGACAUACAUGGAGCCAUACCAUCAUAGAAACCUCAAGUUAUCGGCCAUACAGAUGACAUACAUGGAGCUAUACCAUCAUAAAACCCUUACAUUAUUGACUAUACAAAAGAGAAGCAGUAAUUUCUUACAGUGCAUACAUGUGUUAUAUAUUUUCAUAUGUUAACUAGCACCAGAUCAGGGUUUUUUGGGAUUUUUUUUAUUACGAUGAUAAAAAUAAUCAAAUCUAUUUCAAUUUGUGUAAAAUUUGACAUCAAAAGAUGCAAUUUUGCUUAGUAUAGGAAUCAUCGAAAACUGCAUUAUUAGGAAUAGAAAAUGAGGUCAGUAUGUUACUAGAUUGUACAGUAGUAGUAUUUUUGUAAAGAUGUUGUAUAAAUCCACAUACCUCGGGUCAGUGUUGCUGUACAAGGCAACAUUAAUCUGCAGUGUGAACAUAAAAUCAUGUUUUUGAUUAUCACAUAUUUAUUUCAAAAUGUCCAAUCAGAAUCAUACAUAUGGUGGGAAACAUUAUAUACAUUGUAUAUAUAUAGAUAUAUAAUACAAUUACAAUUCAUCUAAUGCCAAUUAUGAUUUUCUUUAGAUAUAUCACUUUCUACAUUGUAAACAUAUUAUAUGGAUAACCAGCAUUUUCUCAAUGUUUCUAAUCAAUAAUAUUUCUGCACACAUGCUAACAUGUGGAAGUGUUUAAUUCUGGUAUCUAUUAUUUAUUCUUUUAAAUAUAUUCCGGUUUAUUGGUAACUGUCCUCCAUAGAAACAUGUCUUUGCCAUGGUGACCUAUAAUGAUAAUUGUUUUGGUAAGGGAUUCCAUCAAUCUCCAGGUGUAGUUGGUUCUCUCUUGUCAAAGGUUGAUAAGUGUGUCAGGAAUGACUGACCUAAAGUAAGGUGGAGAGACACAAUUCAUGAGAAAUGGUCUUUAUUUUAAUAAGAUAUCUGUAUGAAGCUUUUAUUUGCCACUAAGUCACUGAAAUGGCCCCAAUCCAAACUAAAUUUUAGUGUUUUUUUCUAUUCUUGAGUUCUUUUUUUUCUAUCAUAAUUCACCAUUAUUGAUAUUCACUAUUAAAUGUAAAUGAUAGUAUUUAUUGAUAGAAAUGAAUUUUAAAUUUGAUUUUGAAUAAAAUGUACAUUGAUAAAAAUGUAAUGCAUUACAAAAUGUUUGAAUGUUUUCGGGUAUAAAUCCUGGCGGACCUGCAAAUGUUUAUGCAGGCCUUGUAAUGCUUUGUCAAGGCUCGUCUGAAAGCACCAUCAGACUACUAGGUCCGAUGCAUGGUCUUUACCCCUUUCACCCCUAGGUAACUAGAGAGGACUCUACCAUACAUCUGGAUGAGUCCAUGAUGGUCUACAGUGGUGAAAGGGUUAAAGCAGUUUGAGUGUUAGGUGUACAUACAUUUUGUGUAAGUAGUCUAUAAAAUAUCAACUAUUAUUGAGUGGUAUUACUUUUGUUAUAUGUCUUCCUAAAUAAACUAAAGAUGAUCAGCUGCUUGUGUUUCUACUGUGUCUUACAAAUAUAUCAAAUAAACUGGUACUCACAU